CCCCCCCCCCCCCCCCCAGGAAGCGCAGCCUUCACUCCGCGGACCCCUCGCCAUGAACUCGGUGCCGGCGACCGUGUCCUCGGUCCCCGGCGUCGCCGCCGGCGGGGACCCGGAGCUGCUGGGGCCCGUGUCGGUGCUGUUCGCGGCGCUGCUGGGCCGCCUGCUGGAGCUAAUGGCUACCUUGUCUGACGACGACCAGCUUGGACCUGACAUUUAUGGACUGCCGUGGAAACCUGUGUUUAUCACUGCUUUCUUGGGGAUUGCUUCAUUUGUCAUUUUCUUCUGGAAAACUAUUCUUGCUGUAAAGAGUAAAAUAUAUCAAGUCACUGAACAGCAAAUUUCCGAGAAGGUCAAGAAUAUCAUGAAAGAAAAUGCUGAACUUCAGAAAAAAUUGUUAAAUUAUGAACAGAAGAUGAAGGAGUCAAAGAAGCACAUCCAAGAAGCCAAGAAGCAAAACUUGAUUCUUUCUGAUAGCGCAGUACAUUCUAAGGAUAAAAUGAAAAAGCUUGAAGAAUGUAAUGAAGCCCUGGGUGACACGACUAAGAAACUGCGUGAUAUGUUAGCAUCUGAGAGAGAACAGAAUGCAAAGAAUCAGGAGUUGAUACUGGAAAAUAAGAAAUCCAUAGAAAAGUUAAAAGAUGUUAUUUUAAUGAAUGCUUCAGAAUUAUCAGAGGUUCAAAUUGCCCUGAAUGAGGCUAAACUUAGUGAAGAGAAGGUGAAGUCUGAAUGUCAACGGGUUCAAGAAGAAAAUGCAAAGCUGAAGAAGAAGAAAGAACAGUUGCAGCAAGAAAUCAAAGACUGGAGCAAAUCACAUUCAAAGCUCAGUGAGCAAAUCAAAUUAUUUGAGAAGUCUCAGAAAGAUUUGGAAACAACUCUCACUCACAAAGAUGAUAAUAUUGAUGCUUUGAACAAUUGCAUUACCCAGCUGAAUCGGCUAGACUGUGAGUCUGAUCCUGGGACUGAGAAUACUGGAGGAAAAGAGUCGGAUGAACUAGCAAAUGGCCAAGUCGGAGGUAACCAGAGUGAGAAGAUGAAAAAUAAAAUCAAGCAGAUGAUGGAUAUCUCUCGGACACAAACCGCGAUGUCUGUCGUUGAGGAGGAUCUAAAGCUUUUACAGGCUAAACUCCGAGCCACCAUGUCCACCAAGUGUAGCCUAGAAGACCAGAUAAAGAAGUUGGAAGACGAUCGAAACUCACUGCAGUCUGCCAAGGCGGGGCUGGAGGAUGAGUGCAACACCCUGAGGCAGAAGGUGGAGAUCCUGAAUGAGCUCUACCAGCAGAAGGAGAUGGUGCUGCAGAAGAAGCUCAGUCAAGAAGAGUACGAGCGUCAAGAAAGAGAACAGCGGCUGACGGCGGCAGAUGAGAAGGCGGUUUUGGCUGCAGAGGAAGUGAGAACCUACAAGCGGAGAAUUGAAGAAAUGGAAGAAGAGCUCCUGAAAACAGAACGCUCCUUUAAAAACCAGAUUGCUACUCAUGAGAAGAAAGCUCAUGAAAACUGGCUCAAAGCGCGUGCGGCCGAGAGAGCCAUGGCUGAGGAGAAGAGGGAGGCAGCCAACCUGAGACACAAGCUGCUGGAGCUGACGCAGAAGAUGGCGAUGCUGCAGGAGGAACCUGUGAUCGUCAAGCCGAUGCCGGGAAGACCCAGCUCACAGAACCUUCCCCGAAGAGGCCCGCUGAGCCAGAACGGCUCUUUCGGUCCGUCUCCCGUGAGCGGCGAGUGCUCUCCUCCACUGGGCGCCGACCCGCCGCCGGCCAGGCCGCUGUCCGCCACGCUCGGCCGGAGAGAGACGCCCAGGAGCGAAUUUGCAGAUCCAGGAUCCGGUGCAGCUCCCAUGAACAACUCCGGAAGUGCUUCCCCCAGCAAGGGGCUGGACGAGGCCAAGCAAACUGUUCCCCAAGAGUCUGAAGACCCUUCAGUUGCCAGCAUUCCAGCUUUGGCUGAGCCCCCAGCAGCAGUUCCUCUGGCUGUGAAAGGGCCCCCUCCUUUCCCAGGGGCGCCUCUCAUGAGCUCCCACAUGGGGGGCCCUCUGCCACCGCCCAUCCGAUACGGACCUCCACCUCAACUCUGCAGACCUUUUGGGCCUCCGCUUCCGCCACCGAUUCCACCACCAUUUGGCCCUGCCUUGCGCCCCCCACUGGGCAUGAGAGAGUACGCACCACGUAUGCCACCCGGAAAGCGGGACGUGCCGAUUGACCCUCGAGAAUUUAUACCGGGACACGCGCCUUUUAGGCCCUUAGGCCCUCUUGGCCCAAGAGAGUACUAUUUUCCUGGUCCCCGGCUACCACCUCCACCACACAGCCCCCAGGAUUUCUUGCUUCCUCCCCACGGCCCCCAGGAUCACCCACCGUUACCUGCUGCCAGAGACUUGCCACCACCUGGCUCCAGACCAGAGCCCCCUGCGGCUGCUCAGAGCGGCAACCAGGACUCCCCGCCGACUUUCAAACAGAGCCCUUAACUGUGACCCCAGACUGCGGAGACGGCCUGGACUGUGUGUUAAAGUUCUCACUGGCUUUAAAAAUCUGAGAAGUUCAAUUUAAGAGGUUCACUUUUAGAAACAAGCUGUACCAGAAAUGUGCAUUUUUGAGCCCAACCAUUCAAAACUUUCAUUUUCUCCUUUGAAUAAAAAUCACCUCCCAAGCUUGAGCCUUCUUACAACUUUGAAAUGUGCAAUAAAAAAAUACCUGUGUGUUCAUGUAGCACUAGUAACCGCUAAAUGAUCUAGAAUAUUAUGCAAACUAUGAACAUUUCCUGUGGAAAUGCUUGUUAAGAAUGCUUAUUUCCAUUUACCAGCCUAUUUUUGGUGUGUACCAGUCAGAUGCACAGCAAUGGUGUUUAUAAGCUUGUUUUUUUAAAAAUCUGGUCUCAAAGACUGUUACGCUACAUAUGUUUACUAAAAGACCACUAAACUUGAACGCCCCUCUUGCUGAAGUUCUUUGUAGUAAUAGUUGAUAAAAACCUGGUUAUUAAUAUUU